CGAUAAUGUGUUACAAUCGGGAUCACUAAAUUCUUGGACUAUGUCCAUCGUCUAUGGUUUUAAAAAUAAUUACGUUUCAGAAGCUGGGUCGCAUCUGUCCACAGGUUAAAUGAGGGAGAGCUAACACCAGUUACUGUGAUUGAUGUUAGUUUGACCUAUCGAACCCAACUGAGUAGAUGCUCCUUUACCCAUUCUGUAACCCGAGGAUGGAAGCAGAUCCAGCUUCCGAAACGUAGUUCUUUUUAAAACCAGGACGAUGGACAUAGUCCAAGAAUUUUGUGAUCCCGAUUACCCAACUAAUGUUGGUAGAAUUGGUGUCAGCCAUGAACAACGAGUACAUCUUGCCACAUUUGAAGAUAAGAAUAAAAAUGCCUCCUCGCAGAACAAUAACUCCACCACUAUUGCAGGAGCUAUGUUUAAUGGAGGUGAUGAAUUACCUUGAGAGGGAGAUAUUAUUCUGUAGCCAGGUGCGACGUUAUGAACAUAAUUCUCUUUUGUUACGCCGAAGAGGUAUUAAUGCUGACAGCCUUAUUGCAGAACUUCGAGGUUAUCUGGAUGUUCUUCCUCCGUUACUUAAUGAGAUUGUUCGACAAGGAUUGAUAAACAAGUUGCUGAAGAAUUCAAGAUCCAUUGCCAACAAGCCAGGGAUCUUGGUGGGAAUGCUUGAUAUUUUACUGAACCAAGUAGUGAAGACGCUGGAAUUUGGGGAAUUUGAACUUCAAAUUGAUCCUGAGUUCUGGCCUCUGUUGCUCAAGAAAUGCACUGGUCUUGAAAGAUUUGUCUUGCUAUCCGAAAAAUUUGAAGUAGGAGGAGUAUUGAAAUUCCAACCAUGUCUUAGUACACUCAGUUCCAACUGUCCAUUACUAACUAAACUCGUUCUGAAGAAUACAGUGCAAGGUUUUCUCACGAUGGCUGCUAUUGGACAGAAUUGCCACCAGCUCCAGACACUGGACAUCACUGGAUCACAAGUCACGUAUUCCGAUCUUGUCCACCUUUGUGUUCGUUCACCUCCAAAUAAUGCCUCAGAUGCGCGUGUUGACAGUAUGUAUAAGGAAGACUUGAACCCGCUGUGUCAGACCUUGGAGGUGCUGCUCCUUGGAGAAACACAAGUCAGAGCCAAAGGUGCAGCCUUCGUGCUGAGGGUGAUACCCAACCUCACUUCACUUGGCAACUUUACGUUUGCAGCUGGUGGAAUGAGGUGGCUGUGUAUACUGGAGUGUAGACCUUGGCUAAGCUUUAAACUGAAACAUGCAUUCUACCGUGGAUAUUCCAAAGCUCGGCUGAAUGUUCUGGCCAACUGUUGUCCAGCAUUAGAAUCCCUUUAUUUUGGUUCUUGUGCGCAACGGAGACUUAAUUUUGAUAAUUUAUCAGCAUUUAGAAUGCUGAGGAGUUUAACGUUGGAGAAUAUCCACUCUGAAGACAUCUUGGCUGGGCUGAAGCACACUCCGAACCUCAUUCAGUUGCAGAUAUCAAGCACUGGUGUUGAUUUGGGAGUUGUGGGCCAAUGCUGUCGUCUUCUGGAGAAACUGAUUGUUUCUGAGGUACCUUCUGAAACUGUUACACUUCCAACUAACAGGACACUCAUCUAUACUGAACUCCAGGAACUUAAGGUGACAUGUACCAUUUCGUUGGAGUGCGCAGCUAUGUUCAUGACGAAUGGAACAAAGCUACGUAGUAUUGAAAUAACACGGAUCCAAAACCUGAAAGAUGAUGACCUAGCUUACUGGCUCAGGAGAUAUUCAUUGCAUUUUCUGGAAGUGCUGAUACUUAAGAAUGUGGAGCUGACCAAGAAAAGUGUAGAUAUGCUUUUAGCAUGCUGUCCACGUCUGAUCCGUUUAGGUGAACUAGGAUCAUGGGACAUACGUUCUUGGGAAUUUCGCAGACUCAAGGAUUUGGUUGUGCAAGAGAACUAUGAUCUUCAUCUGCUAUUUUAAUACUCGUAAUGCUGUCAAUGUUAGGGGUAUCCUUACGGAGAACUGGGCUUCAGAUGAGGAUACUUAUAAACAGUUAUAAAGCCGUUGUGCCCGCAGGUGCUCCAAAUUGAUGGGAUCUUUUGUCGAGCUGGAUUCAGUCUCAUCGGCAUUCUGCAAUAGAAGAAAAUGGGUAGUUGUGUAGUAACAUUGUAAGAUGGGUUAUGGGGAUACAGUGAAGUGGUAAGCUGCUUUGUUUAGUGCCACUGAACCUUAGGAUUGUGAUAACAGUUAAAUGUGUUUAGUAUUUUUAUUCAACAUACUUAACUUUAAUUACGUAAAAGCAGAGAGGAAAAUGGCUACGAUAGCUAUGCCUUCUUGUAAGACACCAGACCCAAGAAUCCCUACGAAGAAAGUGAGUGGAGAAACUAUGAAAGGCCUGGACUCUUAAUAAUCUGUUGUAAGGAUAUGGUUCCUUAGAUGACCUUCAGCUUUGGGACAUGUGCUAGAAUGGCAUAGGAAAGUCACAGUUGUUCUUACAUAGAAUGUAAGAAAAUGAUACAGAAGACAAAUGCGGCAAACUGAGAACUUCACACCCACACCAACUGAUACAAAAACCCUGAAAGUUUUGUUUCAAAUGACCCAGGUGAUUAUUGUUGUUGCAUACCUCCACUAGAUGCCACUAGUUUUGAUAACUGAUACCCUACAACAGUUAUUUUGUUAUGCAGUUAGUGAGGAAAGCUGUAAAAUGUGCAUUUUGCAAACAAUUUCACAUGGAACCACCAAGCUGAGUAUUCAUUUAUGCCCGGUACAAGAUAUUUGAAUCACAAGUUACAUAGCUUUUAACAAUAGGCACAUUCUGCAGAAAGUUUGGGAUGGGUUAAAUUAUCGUCUUGACAUCUGCCGUGUUAUUUGCAGAGCACAUACCAGUUUUCUGGGAGUUGUGUACAAAACUUUGAGACUUAUUCAUUGAUUGGUGUAGGUGUGGAGUAGUAAGUAUGCUGCAUUUGUUUUCUGUAUAAUUUUGAAAUUGUGAAAUACUUUAGUGCUCAUCCUUUAUUAUGUCAAGCCUUCAAUGUGAAAAAUUCAGUUGAAAUUAAGUUUACAUUUUCUGGACUUAAGUUUCUGAGAUUUUCAAUGUCCAUGAAUUUUUGGGACAAACUGCAAAUUUAAAUUUUAGAAAGGAUCACACAUCCUAUAUUAUCCUGUAAAACUGCUAUAAUUAUGAAGUAUCAACCUCAAUCUUGCUGAUGUAUUUAAAAUACUUGUAUCAGAGAAUACGCAAUUAAAAUCUCAGCUGGGUUACCAGCAAUCUUAGCAGGAUA